UAUAACAGGUAGAGUAUAAAGUUGCUAAGUACCUCCUAAUAUACUAGGAGGAAUGAUACUUGUAGCGUUAUGCUCUCUUAGCACCUAAUAUCUUAUUUAUUAAGCUUAGAAUCUUCGGCAUGGCCCCUGACGCCUACGAGGGUGAACUUGACAUUCCAUAUGAAGAUCCAGAACAUAAUAUCUGGCCGACAAUUCCUUGCCCGGAUGACACUUGCUUCUCUGGUUCUAACGUCUCUACCACAACUUGGGAUUCGUUGUGGGAGGACCUUGUCUUACCCAAACACCAACCUCCAAAUAAUUUGCUCGAAGAAGAUCCGAAUACCAGCGUAAAUGACCAUGAGAAAUGGUGGGACGCCAUACGGCAAUGGGCGGAUAAAUCAUUCCAGCCAAAUAGACCGGAUGAUACUGUCCUUCAAGCUAUUAAUGCUGAGACUUUAACCGCAGGGGGGACCCGCUUCUGCUGUUAUGGCAUGGUGAGAAUUGUUCCUAUAUUAUCUAUUAGCAUUUGGGCAUCUAUAAUCCUAAAAAUGGUAUGUUAUAGAUACCGAAUGCUGUCGUCAAACUCGUGGGAAAUAUGCCGGAAAUUGCUGCUAAGAUCGACUCGACUCAGCCUUACCAGUCAUUUGACAUAUCAAAAUAUGGAGAUUAUUUCACGCUUAAAUUUCCCGAUGCUAGUGUGUUCGCCCAAGUGAGCGAGCUGAUUUCUCGUGGCCUGGCGGAGAUACGGGAGUAUCGGUCCGUGGAGAUUAGAGCGUUUGUCGAGACGAACCGAGUCUACCACGUGUGUUCUCGGGCUAAAAAGCCAAGCGAAGCAACACUGAAGUCGGAGAUAAAUAUAUACGGUCCUGUGGAUGAUGCUAGAAGUGUUGGAAAUAGACUAGGUUCCGCUAAAAUAUUUCUUCAGGAUCCAGAUCACGGCAUUCAAAACAUCGAGUACUAUAACCCACAUGUCAUACGGUUCCCUGGUAUCGAAGAGCCAGCACCUCGAAAUACAAAAGAAUGUUUUCUUACAAAUAAGCCAAAUCAUAAAGAAAAUAUGAAGAGAACACAUGAUGGGAUUGACUACACAAUUUCAACUGCAUACCACUCGCUCACACGGUUUCGAAAUCUGGAGAGAACUCAAGGCGCGCAUAUCACGACACAACUAUUACCACACCAAGAAAUAGCACUGCAUUUCAUGAUGCAGAGAGAGAUUGGUCCUAUAUCUCCAGAGUAUAGUCUCUGGUCGUAUGAACGUAACAUCAUGACGCCAUUAUAUCGUCACAAAUUGACGCAUGCAGAGUCGGCUGAGGUUCCCGAUGAAUUGGGAGGAGGUAUCCUGGCGGAUGAUAUGGGAAUGGGAAAAUCGCUUAGUGCACUGGCACUUAUUACUAAAACUUUUGAGAUGGCUCACUUGUGGUCUCAAGAGGUACCGUCUACUACCAGGAAACUUCGCGCCCGAGCUAGCCUUAUCAUUGUUCCAUCUACUCUAAUCAUGAACUCUUGGCUAAAAGAGGUUGAGACGCAUCUAGAUAAAUCCGUCACUAUCGCUAAAUACUACGGAAAAUCCAGGAACGACGAUAUUACAGACUACCUGAAGCAUGACAUUGUAUUCACAACGUAUCACACCAUUGCGGCGAGUAUGAAUCAGAGGGACAGCAUUGUAUUCCAAAUAUCUUGGUUUAGAGUUGUUCUUGAUGAAGCGCACAUGAUUCGUAGGCGGGAGACGACACUUCAUCAAGCAGCUAGCCAGCUCUCUGCAAAGUACCGGUGGUGCCUAACCGGGACUCCGAUCCAAAAUCGACUCGAAGAUGUCGGGUCCCUGCUUGCGUUCCUCCGCAUUAAGGAACUUGAACACAGAGCAGUUUUCAGAAAUAGCAUUAUAUUGCCGUUUUCUGAUGGCGUUGCAUCGGCUGUCCACAAUUUGGCCUUCCUUCUAGAUUGCGUAUGCCUUAGGAGGUCUCAGGAUCUUCUACAUUUGCCUAAUAUCACAGAUAAAUAUCAUUAUGUGACUUUGAAGGACGAUGAAAAGAAACAGUACGAUGAUAUGCUGGAAAGUAUGUCUAAUAGAAUCAAAGGAAAGGUACAAAAGGAAACAGGAAAGCGCGAUCAUUUUGGCAUCUUCCAAGCCCAACUCCAGCUUCGUCUUCUCUGCAACCAUGGCACUUUUCAAAAGCCAUUCACGAGUCGUCACCCUCGCGACAGAAAGAUAGAACGUGAGGAGUUCUUAUAUUCUCUAGGAAAGAAUGCUGAGUUUCCCUGCUCAAUGUGCGGUAUUCCCAUUCCCGUCUUUGAUAUCAGCGGAGGUCCCGGCUGGCGUCAGCCAUGCAAGCACAAAUUCUGUAACGAGUGCCAUUCGCAAAACCAAUACAAUGCAAACCCAACUGGCGAGAUCAAUGAUUCUUGUCCCUUAUGCAGCAGACUUCUUGGACAUGGGGCUGGCUCAGUCAAGGAGAGAUCUCUCGAGGGAAAUGAUGAUGACGAUGAUGGUUAUUUCAACUGGUCUGGAUUCUCGUCCAAGAUACAGGCUCUUAUGGAGGACCUGGCAGAAAGCCCCAGAGACGCAAAGAGUAUCGUAUUCUCCGGCUGGACAAGAACACUAGAUUUGAUAUCUGUACAUCUUAGGAAGAGGCGCAUGCUCUUCCAAAGGAUAGAUGGUGACCAAUCUCUUCAGCAGCGCCAGAAUAAUAUGGAUAGGUUCAUGCAAGACAGAGGCAUCCCAAUUCUGCUGAUGAGCACGGGAGUGGGGGCAUUCGGUCUUAACCUUACAGUGGCUAACCAUGUAUACAUCCUCGAGCCCCAGUGGAAUCCGAGCGUGGAGAGUCAGGCUAUCGGUCGGGUGUCCCGGCUAGGUCAAAACAAGCCCGUUUCGGUGGCGCGGUACAUCGUUCGAGGAACAGUGGAAGUUAGCAUGCAAUCUCAACAGAUCCGGAAGGUAGAUCUUGCAAAAGUUGGGUUCCAGGACGUCAAUCCAGAUGACUCCUGAUACAUAGCAAACGCAUGUGCUUUGGAGUCCAUACACGUAAUUUCGACUUGCAGCUCCACCAUGGGUUCCGGACGUGGUCGCUAUUGUGUACCUACAAAUAAGGUGUGCUUGGAAAGUGGAAGGCUUAUGGGGAUAAACCCCUAGGAAAAGGGGCUCUUCAGAAACAUACUACAGGAGGUCAUAUAUGAUAUUGUAGAGUGAAUUAUUUUAUCAACGAUAUAAUUGAGGGUAUUUUGAUUAUCCUGAAGCAGAUUUUGGGUGAUUUUACUCUGUGGGGUGUAUGGCCCCCUUCUGCAAUGUCGCCCAAAUCAAGUAUGUAAAUGAGUCGGUCAACAAAUUAGUAACCUAG